AUUCCAAAAGUUGGGAUUUUUAAUGUCAUGUUACCCAACUCUAAUAUAUUUGUUUUUUCUGCUCUUCCUCAGUGAAUUGGUUCCAGCCUAUGACUCAACUACGUUUGUCUUGGAAAACUUCAGUACGCUGCGUCAGCGAGCAGAUCCUGUUUACAGUCCACCUCUUCAAGUGUCAGGACUUUGCUGGAGGUUAAAAGUUUAUCCAGAUGGCAAUGGAGUAGUACGGGGCUACUACCUGUCUGUGUUCUUGGAGCUGUCAGCUGGAUUGCCAGAGACAUCCAAGUAUGAGUACCGUGUAGAAAUGGUUCACCAGUCCACCAACGACCCCACUAAAAACAUAAUUCGAGAGUUUGCCUCCGAUUUUGAAGUUGGAGAAUGCUGGGGUUACAACAGAUUCUUUCGUUUAGACUUGCUUGCCAAUGAAGGCUAUUUGAACCGGCAAAAUGACACUGUGAUCCUAAGGUUCCAAGUCCGCUCACCGACCUUCUUCCAAAAGUGCCGAGAUCAACACUGGUACAUUGCUCAAUUGGAAGCAGCUCAGACAAGUUAUAUCCAACAAAUAAAUAACCUUAAAGAAAGGCUUGCGAUUGAACUUUCCCGGACUCAGAAAUCACGAGGCAUUUCACCUCCAGACACUCAUCUUAGUCCCCAGAAUGAUGAUGGUCCAGAAACAAGAUCAAAGAAAUCUGGGCAAAGCACUGAAGCACUACUUGAGAAUGUUGCCUCUCCAGGAUUAGCACGAGAUAGCAAGGACGAGGACGAAGAGAAGAUCCAGCAGGAAGACUUUAACCACGAGCUCUCUGAUGGUGACUUGGAUAUAGAUCUUGGUGGAGAAGAUGAGGUGAACCACCUUGAUGGUAGCAGCUCUUCAGCUAGUUCAACAGCAACUAGUAACACUGAAGAAAAUGAUAUUGAUGAGGAAACUAUGUCUGGAGAAAAUGACGUGGAAUAUAGCAGUAACAUAGAGCUGGAAGAAGGAGAUCUCCUGGAGGAUGCGGCAGCUGCUGCUACUCCUGGAGCAUCAGGUACGAACCAUGGCUACACCAGUGCCAGUGGAAGACCUUCAAGGCGGGGAGGAAGUGCCCUAGGCUCAACAACCAGUUGCAGUUUACUGGAUAUAGAUCCCUUAAUUUUAAUCCACUUGUUGGAUCUAAAAGACAGAAGUGGUAUGGAAAACCUUUGGGGCCUUCAGCCACGUCCACCUGCCUCUCUUCUGCAGAGCAGAGCAUCAUCCUAUUCUCUAAAAGAUCGAGAUCAACGGAGACACCAGGCGAUGUGGCGCGUGCCACCUGACCUGAAGGUGCUGAAAAGACUGAAAAGUCAGAUGGCCGAAGUUCGAAGCAAAAUGUCUGAUGUAAAGAACCAACUAUCGGAAGUGAGAAGCAGCAAUGCUGGCUCGUGUGAUGGACAACCCAGCUUCUUCUCCAUUGAGCAAGGCGCUUUAGCUGCCUGUGGAACGGAAAGCUGCAGCAAGCUGCAAGAGAUAGGAAUGGAACUACUGACAAAGUCUUCAGUUACCAGCUGUUACAUAAGGAAUUCUGCAAAUAAGAAAAGUAACUCACCCAAGCCUCUUCGCUCUGGAGCAGCAGGCAGUCUGUCUUUACGACGAGUUAUGGACUGUGGGGACAGUAAUCUCCGCUUAAAGGGAGAUGGUCAAACUUCUGAAGGUGGCUUAGGGAGCUCGAAGCCGAGCAGCCGGCAUCACCCUGCCCGCUCCCUGGCCAGCAGCAGCGCUUCGGACGUGCUGCCAAAGCCAGAGGAAAGGCCUUGUGAAGGAUCCGAUUCCGAUGCGGGAGUUUCUGGCUUAAAUGGCUUAGCUGCUGUAGAGAAGACCAGAAAAGUUGGUGCUCUAGGAUCAAAUUCUAAAGGAUGUCGUACGGAAGGAACACAGUCAGCUGGUCUGGAAAACAACUCUGAAACUGGUGAACUGCAGGGUAUGCUUUCUGAAGGGGCUUCUGCAGGGCCAGAAGAAGCUGGGGUAUGUCAGAAGCAUGUCCUUCAUCUCCUACCAGGAAUGAGCAGUGACAGUGACAUUGAAUGUGACACAGAAAACGAAGAGCAAGAGGACGCCACCACUGCCUCAGAGGGCUUUAACCACGCCUUCUCUGUCCAGUCCUCAAGUGAAGCCUCAGAGCGGUGCUCGAUGUUCCCAGAGGGUGAUCAGGUUGGUCCUGAUGAUCUCAGCUUUGUUACUGGAGAAGACAGCACCAGGUAA